AGACGCCUGACCAUGAACCAAAUCCUCCGCAAAGUCGGGCUGCGGAUAAACCUGCGGCGCGUGCGGGCAGGUCGCGUCGUGGUCGCGCUAGUUGCUCUCAUGUUGUGCGCGGUAGUCCUGGUGUCGUUUCGCAACUCGCGGUCUUCUUCGGGAUGGUCUUCUGGUCCCCACGCAUCCGGUGCUCCAAAGCCGUCCCCGAAGCCCGUGUUUCGUCAAGAUGCCUUGGGAAAUUUCGAGCCGGGAGCUGAACCCGUUGGCGACGGGCCAGGGGAAGGCGGGCGUCCCCACUACCCUUCUCCAGAGAAGGUGAACGAGGCUCAGCAAUCGGCGGCUGAAUACGGCAUGACGAUGACUGUGAGCGACGACAUUUCCAUGACGCGCACCAUUCCCGACACGAGAAAUCCAGAGUGUCGACACUGGGACUACGCUGAAGAUCUCCCGAAGGCAUCCGUCAUCGUCGUCUUUCAUAAUGAAGGAUGGUCGACAUUACUGAGAACCGUUCACACGGUGCUCAGCCGAAGUCCGCCGCAAUUCCUGGAAGAAGUGUUGUUGGUGGAUGAUUUCAGUGAUAAGCCUGCGCUCGGUGGCCCAUUGGAGAAUUACAUCGCUCGGUUCAAUGGGAAAGUGCGGUUGUUACGGAAUGAUAAACGGGAAGGGUUGAUCAGGACUAGGUCAAAAGGCGCUGAAUAUGCGCGAGGAGAGGUUGUGCUGUUCUUGGACGCGCAUUGUGAAGUCAACUCGAACUGGUUGCCGCCGUUAUUGGCACCGAUCCGUCGAGAUCCGACGGUGAUGACUGUACCAGUCAUCGACGGGAUCGACCACGAAACUUUUGAGUACCGACCAGUGUAUCAAGGCAAGAGCUUGAGCCGGGGAAUUUUCGAAUGGGGCAUGUUGUACAAGGAAACCGACGUGCCGACACAAGAAGCCCGUCGUCACGAGUACGUCUCGGAGCCAUUUCAAAGCCCGACACAUGCUGGAGGAUUGUUCGCCAUUCACAAAGAUUUCUUUCUCAAACUCGGCGGGUAUGAUCCUGGACUGUUGGUCUGGGGUGGUGAAAACUUCGAACUCAGCUUCAAGGUGUGGCAGUGUGGAGGUAGCAUUGAAUGGGUGCCUUGCUCCAGAGUUGGACACGUCUACAGGAACUUCAUGCCUUAUUCUUUUGGAAAACUUGGGGAAUCCAAGAAGGGCCCUCUGAUCACGACCAACUACAAACGUGUGAUCGAGGUCUGGUUUGAUGAAGAACACAAGGAAUAUUUCUACACUCGCGAACCGAUGGCGCGGUUUGUGGACGCCGGAGACUUGACCGAGCAGCUGGCUUUGAAGGAGCGCCUCGGUUGCAAACCUUUCAAGUGGUUUAUGGAAAACGUGGCGUAUGAUGUUUACGAGAAAUACCCGAAAUUGCCGCCUAAUUUGCACGUGGGCGAGUUGCGUAACGCUGCCACUGGGAAUUGCUUGGAUACCAUGGGUCGGGCAGCGCCAACUCCGAUGGGUACUGCGCAUUGCCAUGGUUUGGGGAACAACCAACUAGUCCGGUUGAAUGCCCAAGGCCAAAUGGGGAUCGGUGAACGGUGUGUGGAAGCUGACGGACGGACGGUGAAGCUGUUGUUUUGCCGCUUGGGAUCAGUAGACGGCCCCUGGGCUUACAAUGCAGAUUCAAAGACCAUGAUGCACACACCCACGAAGAAGUGCCUGGCAGUCCACCCGCAUACCGGUGACCUUCACCUCGCCGUCUGCGCGCCCAUAAAUGAAUACCAGAAGUGGGCCUUCAGGGAAAUCGUCCCUAAAUGGGCAUAAUCUCGUGUCUGCUGCGUCGUCGUGUUCACAAAUCCGAAGUCUUCAUCCGCACUUCUCAGAUCAACGUUUUGAUGUCUUUCUCGCAUAAAUUAUUCUGCCAGACAGCAAGGAAGGUUUAUCCAAAGUUCACAUGUUCAAGUGGUUUUGCUUACGAGCGGGAAACAGAUGAGAUUCGAUUGCACGACUGGUGUAACCGUGUGAUUCAAGAAACUCUUUUAUUUGCGUGAUCAUCUGAUUUCAACUGAAUUGUUCACUUCGCCCUUUGGCUUUUAGCUGCUUACGAAUAUAAUUUUGUGUGGUGUUUGGUUGUUCGACGGGUGGGUCCUAAUCAUCUCAUCCGUGGAAAAAUGUACUUUCCUUGGAGAAUUCGAAGCAAUCCGUUCGAAAAUUAUAAAUGUUUCCAAGCUUAGCGCACUGAACAAGCCGGUUCUGUCCUAUUAAUCGCUCUCAUGUUGCAUGAAGUGUAGGAAUUGAUUACGGAAACCUUUAAAAGUAUUUUAAAACUAGAAUACAGUGAUUGAAUGAAAAUAGGAGUCGAUGGAGGAAUAAUUGGGCGUCAGUAAAGAAAUCGUAACGUGAAACCGGAGUUUUUGUUUUCAGCUUCUAUAAGAUAGCACAUCCGAGCGGCGAAGUGUCUGUGAUACCAAAAAUAUGGAAUUGAGGGAUUAAUCCGCAAAUUGUCACUUGUGGCUCAAAUACUGCCGACAAGAACAAAAAAGGAGCCGAUAUAAUAGGUUCUUCAUUCAUGCAAGCGAUCUUUCGUCGCAUUUCGUGUGGUUCGCGUGAAGGUUUUCGUGUGUCAUUCCGUGACGAGUUCAAAUAUGUAUUUUCUUCCACAUCGGACAUCUUAAACUGUGAUUGAUCGUGUGACGAAUUGUUGCAGUAAACUACGGUUGUUGAAA